AUGACAUCAAAAAGCAAAAUUGUUCAGUACUCUGACAGUGAAACAGAUGAUGACGACAUAUAUGAUUGCAAUGAAAAAGAUCUAGGCAAAAUUCAGAGCAGAAAAAGGAAGAUUGAAUCGCAUCAAGCCUCUAGUUGUAGUGAUGAAGAUCGUGACAGCGGCAGCGAGGAAGAAAAUUUCAAGAAAAGCAACAAGGAAAAGAGGAAAAUGCUGCUUCCCAUCCCAAAUGAUGUUCUUUCAAUGUUCAAAGAUGUCGCAAGCAGUGAGGAAUCAGCUGAUGAUCACAAAGGACGGAUAAGAUCAUUUGCUCACGAAGAAGGCAACUGGGCAUCAUAUGUUUUCAUACCAGCCAAGCUAUCAAAUAGUCAAAAGGCCCUUAUCAAAUCGUUGGUUGAUAGGGCAAGGAAAACAUUUUCAAAGUUUGAACAAAUAGACAAUAAGGCCAUUCACAUAACACUUUCAAAAACAGUAUCUCUGAGACACUAUUGGAUAGAGCCAUUGGUUGACCAGCUUAAAGAUUUGCUGUCUAAUACACAAAGGUGAGUGUUUAAUGCACAAAGGUUGAUGAUAUUUUCGUUCCUCAGCCUGUUAAUGUUAUGAAG